CUGUGGUGUACGGCGUGUUCUCAUCUGUGGUCGGAAAAUCAGUGUUUCUGUACGGUGAUUGACGAUGGUUGUUGUGGUGUAAUAUGUGACAAGUAAUUAUGGAUGUGUGCAAGUUUUAUAUGUUUUUAUUCGUUUUAACAAUACAUAAUGCCAGAGGAGACCAAUAUGAAUGCAACGAAGAAUUGCUGAAAGGUGCUGCAUUGUCAGCUACAUCAUCUCUCCAGGAUAGGGGACCACAAAAUGCCAGAUUGUAUGGUGACAAUGCAUGGACAGCAUCCAGCUCAGAUUUUGACCAGUAUCUGAUCGUUGAUCUGGGUAGUGUCAGAAAUGUCACUCGGAUUGCUACUCAGGGACGACGUCACUCGUCAGAAUAUGUCAUGGAAUACAGCGUCAGUUAUGGCACCAAUGGACUUGAUUAUGCUGAUUACAAAGAGCCUGGAGGUAACACAAAGAUGUUCAAAGGAAAUGUCAAUGGAGAUGGGUUAAGGAAGAAUGUGUUUGAAGUGCCUGUCAUUGCGCAGUGGAUUCGCAUAAAUCCCACCCGAUGGAGGGACAGAAUUUCUCUCAGAGUAGAACUGUAUGGCUGUGAUUAUGUGGCAGACAAUUUGUAUUUUAAUGGUUCUGCACUUGUUCGUUGGGAUUUGAUGAGAGACCCCAUUUCAGCAUCACGAGAAUCCAUUAAAUUCAGAUUCAAGACUUCUGUUGCAAAUGGAGUUCUCAUGUAUAGCCGAGGUACACAAGGUGAUUACAUCGCCUUGCAGCUGAGGGACAACAGGAUGCUACUCAACAUAGACCUAGGUGCGGGCAUAAUGACAAGUCUGUCAGUUGGUAGUCUUCUGGAUGACAACAUUUGGCAUGAUGUGGUGAUUUCUCGUAACAGGAAGGACAUCAUGUUUUCUGUUGAUAGAGUGCAAAUUAGAGGCAGAAUCAAGGGUGAAUUUUACAGACUGAAUCUUAACCGAGGUUUUUAUAUUGGGGGAGUUCCUAACAAACAAGAUGGGUUGCUUGUAAUGCAGAACUUUACAGGCUGCAUGGAGAAUCUUUAUCUGAACACAACUAAUGUGAUCAGCAGUAUUAAAGAGGCUACAAGUUAUGGUGAUAACUAUUUAUAUGAGAAAGUACACACUCUCUACAGCUGCCCUGAACCUCCAAUUAUUCCAGUUACAUUUUUAACGUCAGACUCAUAUGCAAAAUUAAAAGGUUAUGAAGGUGUGAAGUCUCUUAAUGCUUCCUUUGCAUUCCGGACAUAUGAGGGGGAUGGCCUUCUGCUUUAUCACAGUUUUGCAUCAGAUGGCCAUGUCAAGCUCUUCUUACAUGAUGGUAAAAUUAAAGUUGAACUCUUGACAGCUGGGAAUCCAAAAGCUCUGUUAGACAAUUAUGAAGAUGUGUUUAAUGAUGGAAGGUGGCAUCAAGUGAUCCUCACAAUUGGGACCAAUUUUCUAGAGUUAAAUAUUGAUGGGAGACCAAUGAAAACUGUUCGUAUUUUGUCGAUGACUACUGGAAGUGUUUACUAUGUAGCAGGAGCUCCAAAUAAUGUUAUAAAGCACCGAGGAUUUGUGGGAUGUAUGAGAGUGAUCAGUAUAGAUGGCAACUACAAAUUGCCAACAGAUUGGAAAAAAGAUGAAUACUGCUGUGCCAAUAGCGUUGUGUUUGACACUUGCCAAAUGACUGACCGGUGUAAUCCAAAUCCAUGCAAACACUCUGGAAUUUGCAAACAGAAUUCAAUGGAGUUUUUCUGUGAUUGUGCUAAUACUGGGUAUUCAGGAGCUGUCUGCCAUACUUCUUUGAAUCCAUUGUCUUGUACUGCAUACAAAAACACAAAUCCUGUUAACCAAAGAGCAGAAAUGAAGAUUGAUGUAGAUGGAAGUGGUCCAUUGCGUCCGUUCCCAGUAACGUGCGAGUUUUACGCGGAUGGAAGAGUUUUGACUGUGUUGAGCCACAAGAAUGAAGGAACAACUCCAGUAGAUGGUUUCCAAGAACCUGGAAGUUUUAUGCAAGAUAUAAUGUAUGAUGCAGAUAUGGAUCAAAUAGAAGCACUUAUCAACAGAUCUAUGACAUGUCAACAGAGACUGCGCUAUGAAUGCAAGCAGUCACGUCUUUUCAACUCUCCAUCUGAUGAGGGAACUUUCCGUCCCUCUUCCUGGUGGGUUUCCCGUUUUAAUCAGCGCAUGGAUUACUGGGGUGGUUCUCUACCGGGCUCCCGCAAGUGUGAGUGCGGGAUCAUGGGGAAGUGUGUAGAUACCACUAAAUGGUGUAAUUGUGACUCAGGUUUAGACAGUUGGCUGGAAGAUGGAGGAGAUUUGACAUAUAAGGAACAUCUACCUGUUAAACAGCUGCGAUUUGGUGAUACAGGAAGUCCACUGGAUGAAAAGGAGGGUCGAUACACUUUGGGUCCACUCAUGUGUGAAGGAGAUGACUUGUUCAACAAUGUCGUAACAUUCCGUGUUGCUGAUUCCUCUAUAAACCUUCCAUCAUUUGAUAUGGGGCACAGUGGAGAUAUUUACUUUGAAUUCAGAACCACUGCUGAGAAUGCUGUCAUCAUCCAUAGCAAGGGACCAACUGAUUAUAUAAAAAUUUCCAUCAUCGGUGGUGAUCAGUUGCAGUUUCAGUAUCAAGCUGGCAGUGGCCCACUUGGAGUGAGUGUGGAUACUUCAUACAGAUUAGCUGACAACAAUUGGCAUUCUGUGUCUGUGGAAAGAAACAGAAAAGAAGCACGGAUUGUUGUUGAUGGUGCGCUUAAAGCUGAAGUUAGGGAGCCUCCUGGGCCUGUAAGGGCACUCCACCUUACAUCAGACUUGGUUGUUGGAUCAACAGUGGACUAUCGUGAUGGGUUUGUGGGCUGCAUUAGAGCACUCUUGCUCAAUGGGCAACUUACCAAUCUGAGGAGUUAUGCUAACAGAGGACUGUAUGGUGUAAGUCCAGGAUGCAUUGGCAAAUGUGAAAGCAAUCCUUGUCUCAACAAUGGUACAUGCCUUGAAGGCUAUGAUGGUUUCAAAUGUGACUGCCGAUGGACUGCAUUCAAGGGUCCUAUCUGUGCAGAUGAAAUUGGAGUAAACAUGCGGCCUGAGUCCAUCAUCAAAUAUGAUUUCAUGGGCAGUUGGAGAUCAACCAUAGCAGAAAAUAUUCGAGUUGGGUUCACAACUACCAAUCCAAAAGGUUUCCUCCUAGGAUUUUCAUCAAAUAUUUCUGGAGAAUAUCUGACCAUCAUGAUUUCUAACAGCGGUCACUUGCGAGCGGUGUUUGAUUUUGGAUUUGAACGCCAAGAAUUGAUCUACCCUGAUAAGCAUUUUGGAUUAGGUCAGUACCAUGAUGUCCGCAUCACUCGGAAAGAUUCUGGUUCCAAACUUGUCAUGCAGGUUGACAACUAUGAACCAAAAGAAUUUCAGUUUAAUAUCAAGGCUUCUGCAGAUGCACAGUUCAACAAUAUCCAGUACAUGUACAUAGGGCGCAAUGAAUCCAUGACAGAGGGCUUCAUCGGUUGCAUAUCGAGAGUAGAGUUUGAUGAUAUCUACCCCCUUAAGCUGUUGUUCCAAGAAAAUGGUCCAGCUAAUGUGCGUUCUUUAGGAAAACAACCCUUGACUGAAGACUACUGUGGUGUUGAACCUGUGACACACCCGCCAGACUUUGUGGAAACUAGACCACCCCCUGUUGUAGAUGAAGAUAAGCUCAGACAAAUAUACCAGCGUACUGACUCGGCCAUACUCGGAGGUAUUCUGGCCAUCAUAUUUUUGGCACUGGUGAUAAUGGCAGUUUUGAUUGGUCGAUAUUUGGCUCGUCAUAAGGGCGAAUAUUUAACUCAAGAAGACAAAGGCGCAGAAUCUGCACUGGAUCCAGACUCUGCAGUUGUACGAUCCACAACAGGCCACCAGGUGCAGAAGAAGAAAGAGUGGUUCAUCUGAUACAGAAAUAAAUGCUGCAAGAGUACAUGUACUGCUACUGCCAUUGAUGUCUGCUUCAACAACAUUCUGCAGCUGAGUGAUUUCCUCUUCAUCAGAAUGUGUCUGAAUUUAAGUAGCCAUAGGCUAAGACUUUCAUGGAAAGACCAAGAAGUUGACAAUCAUGGGGUAACUGUUCACUGUGCCCAUAACAGGAGGAGUUCGGAACUCUCAUUAACAGACAGAAAUGACAAGUAGUAUCUUGUCUCCAGCAGAGAAGCAGAUGUUGCAACCGUUGCUCCUAAUUUGUGCUCUGUGGAUAAAGUUUGCCACAUACCAAAACCAGACAGUUUAAAUCUCAUAACCUUGUAGGUUAUGGUAGAAUAAUGAGGUAAUACAUUUCUUCAUUAUGAUGGGAUUUACAUUGGAUUUUGCAAUUAAUUUGCCAUUUUAAAAAUUAGAAUGCUUGAAAAUUAGUGUUACAAGGUAACAUUGCAUAUUUUAGUUAUUGGUAGUGUAGUGUAGGUAUACAUAUUGAGUUACAAAGUUUUAUUGGGGACUUUGUUUCAGGCACUGCAUGUGGGAGGGGUGCAGUAUAAGUAGGAUUUGAGGUUUUUACAGUGGUGAGUCUGAAGAUGGCUACCUUCUGGGUUGUUGCGCUGUGUAGUCUGGUAGAAGUUUACAGACGUUUCAGAGGUCCUUGCCAUUUUCAGAUGCAGUACAGUUUGAGUUUCAAGUUUGACAUUGCAUGGGCUUAUAAUUUAUGCCACACUGAAAACACUGCACAGCUGUUGGGUUUGCGUGCGGAUUAUAUCAUACCAUGUACUAAAUCUUACCUCUUUUUAUAUAUAUAAUUUUCCUUGAUGGUUAUUUGUUCAAAAACUACUGCAGAGUAAUAAAAUCAAAGCAUAUUACAACAGUUUCAAGAUGUUUGCUCUUUUAAGAUUUGUUGGUUCAUUUAUCUGCUGUCAGUAAAGGUCUCUUGUUAGGAUUCACAUUAUACAUCUAUGUUUGAAACAUUGUGACUCUGGAUGUUAAACUAGAUUUCAUAUUUAAAUCAUAGCUGUCUGGAAUCUGUAUGUCAUUAUAAGUACAGUUUGAACUUGCCAUCAAGUUUGGAACAUGGAACAUGGAACUUGAACUUUGAAAAUACUUUUUCUGUCCAUGGCCAGAUGUAACUACAAUGUCUGGACAUGAUAUGCACAUUAUUAUCAGGCUUGGUGGUCUCAUGCAUGUUUGGUUUAACAGCUCACUUCCAGGCUUUGGAUGGUGUAUGUGAUACUUUAUUAGCAUGUAAUGACUUUGAUCCCAUGAACCUAGAAGUUAGAAAUAAUGUGGUUUUGUUUAUUUAAUACUAGUGGCAUUAGAUCCAGUUUUAUUUACAGGUUUUAAGAAACUGGGUAACUUUCAAGUAAGAUUUUCUUAAAUUAGUGAGCUUUUCUCCCUUGCAGUGCCUUGGAAGGUGUAAGUAAAACUUCAAGGAGAAUCAAAUAUUUCUCCUUUCAUCACUGACUUAGAGUGCAAAUAUGUACUACCAUGAAAGAAAAUUUUUAACACUGACAAUUGUAUUGAUGUUUACAGGAACUGUAAAUAUGAAGUGUGCUAUAGAAUCUCCAGUUCAUUUCACUUUAUUAAUGACUGCAACUGUUUUGAUGUGAUGUCUCUGAAAUUAAGAUCAGUGUAUGGUACUGCCCAGUUGACACAUCCAAAAUAAUUACCAUAUUUUUGGUGGGAGUUUUAUUUAUUAAAUUCAUUCUGUUUUGAGAAACAUGUUCUGUGCCAUGAACACUUCAUGAUAAAUAAAAUUGCAUUUAGGAGAAUAACACUGAAACAUAUGACAAAAUGUAAUAAUACUUAAGUAAAUCUUUAAUAUGCAAGUUAACUUGUAUAAUGGUGUUUCUCUGACCUCUGAAACACUGGCAAACUUCUACCAGACUGCAUGGUGCUGCGACCCAGAAGACAGCUGUCUCCAUUUUAAUUUCAGUUCCAAAUUUGGAAUGUCUUCCUAAAGAACUAAGCUUCACUUACUAAUUUUAGCCAUCACCAUAUUGACCAUUGGAAUAUAAUUUCUGUUGAGAUUAACUUUCACAAUGUAUACCUGCUCGUUUAAAAUUUGUUUUUAAAUGUACCAAAAGUAAACUGAAAUGGGCUCAUUUGAAAUUAGCCACAAGUACAGAGAUGAUAUUCAACACUUAGAAUGAUAUUAACUCCAUUUCAUGCAAGGUCAUGUCUUGGUUUUCAGUGCUUGCGAAGAACUAUUGUGUGUUUGUGUUUAUGAGUGAAGAUGGAUAUAUAUAUAUAGACACACACAUACAUACAUACCUAAAGUAUUGGUUUACAAGCCUGUUGGCUAUUGAGUAUUAUAUAUUUAAACUUAGCUGUCAUUGAAGCAAUGAGGAACAUAUUUGUUUCACUUUUGUAUAUAUGGGAAUGAAAAUUACUCAGAAUUUUUGUUGUAAUACCCUGUCACUAUUGUUAUAAUAAAAUUCUUGUUUUAAAUUAAUGUCUCACAUGCACACUAUGUGUUUCUUACGAUUAAGUAAAUAUUUUGCCAUGCAGUUAUCUUUUGUAUAAUGAGCCUCCUUUUAAAAUUCACUUUAUACAGAAUUCUUCCCACUCUUUGGAUGUUCUUGCAGUUACAAUGCAUUUAUUAUAUUUAAUACAGGAUUCUCAUGUGUGGAACUUUAUUAUUACAAAUUUUAUAUGAUCAAGAAUACAAGUUAAUAACUAAUAGAUUAUGGUUUGUGUAAUAACUGAACAUUAACAUUUUAUUUAAGUCAUUAAGUGAUGACGUACAGUCAGUACUCUACACAGUAGAUGUGUUCCAUAAACUGUGUAAAUUCAGACCUAACUUCCUAUGUGAUGGAUGAAUUUCACGAUGGUAAUUAUAGGCAUUUGUUAAUGUAAAAUAUAUGCAAUUGUAGUUAUGUUUUGUCUUUAUCAGUGUCAUGCCAUUGGCCAUCAUAUGUCCCAUUACUGUAAUGUAGAAGUUAGAAUUAACAUGGUGUAAGCGAAGAAAUGGUACAUAUUUUUAAACCACUUUUCACUUAAAAUUUGUAGAUGAAGAUAUGGACCUGGAUAAAUUACUAUGUAAUGCAGUGUUGGUUGUGCAAAUUUUCAGUUCAGUUUUGAAAAGGUGUUUACAUUUGUCCUGCACAAAUGCAUGCCUUUGAUAUGGAGACACUGUUCCAAAUAUGAUAUUUCUGAUGUUGAUAAGACAGUAUUUCUUACCAGUAGAAAGCUAUUGCCACAUUGGCAGUCAAAGAUGGACACUGCAACAGUGACAAUGUAAAAUUAGUCAUUUGAAGCAUAAAAGAUAAUGUAUGCAAUUAAAAAAUUGGAUGGGUGUGCAUGUUAGUGGUAGUUGGUGAAGAAACUGAAGCACAAUUACACAGCAUUCUAUACCUCAUAAUGCAAAAGAUAUGUACUUUAUUAAUCUGUAAUUUUCUUUGAAAUGUUUCUUCUUCUAUGGCUCUCCGGUCUGUAUUCGGUCCAUGGCCUCAUGGUGCAUGUUUACUGAAGUACAAAAGACUCUAAUUUAUGACUAUGUAAAGUGGGUGUUGUAAUGGACAAGCUGAAUCAAGGAGAACUGCUUGAUGAAUUUCUUGUAAAUCCUUGAAGUGAUUUGGGUGAUUAAGUGGGUGGAUAGACAUUUCCUUCCUGUAAGAAACACAGUAGACACAAAAUAACUCUGCUUCAGCUGUGUUACUAAAAUAGAGGAAGGGAGCAAGAUGGCAAAGAGUCUGCUCAGCUUGAAAACAUUGAAGAUUGCUGUCUUCUGGGUUAUUGCACCUUAUAGUCUGGUAGAUUUCCACCAACGUUUCAGAGGUCAUACUGCCUCCAUCAUCAGUGUGAUGAAUGUGCCAAUCGAGUGGAAAGGGCUAGGUUUAUAAGGAUCAGACAGUAAUUGGAGUAGCUUGAUCCUAGCCAAUGGGAGCUGGUGUCAAAUCAGGUGUGUGUGUGUGUGUGUGGAGACCAAUAGGAGUGUGUGGGCAUGUCUUGUGGUAAUUGAGGGCCUCAGGGAGUCCAUCUGUGAGAUACCACGCCUUUUUUGAUACCAGCUCCCAUUGGCUAGGAUCAGGAUACUCUGGUUACUGUCCAAUCCCUAUAAACCUAGCCCUUUCUGCUCGAUUGGCACAUUCAUCGCCCUGAUGACGAAGACAGUAUGCCCUCUGAAACGUUGGUGGAAAUCUACCAGACUACAUGGCGCAAUAACCCAGAAUACAGCCAUCUUCAGGCUCACCACUGUGAAAACCUCAAAUCCUACAUGAAAACAUUGUUUUCCCCUUCAAUUUUGACACAAUUGGUGGCAUUUUGUUAUACUGACUUUUACACUACAUUGUAUUUUCUGAACCAAAGGAACUUUUAAACAGCGGCAAUGCAGGUACAUGCCUUUAUGAACACCUAUUAAUUCUACAGCCAAAACGUAAUAAUUUCACAUCCAACUGUAUACAAGGAAGGACUGGGUUAUGUCUCUGUGGUCUUCCCUUGUUGCAGCCACUGUACAAUUAUGUUGUGUCAUUGUGUUUUUCAAGCUUGAUAGAUAUCCAUUUUUCCUUUGUGUACAAAAUUCAUUGUGACAUUGCUGUUGAAGAAGUCCAUAAUUAAUAUGAAUUUAUCCCAGUCAAAUGAACUUCAUGUGGAAUUACAAUGUGCUUUAAUGAGAAGAAUCUAGCAUAUAGAAGAAAGUGUGACACAGAGGUUCUCUUGAGCAGCUAAUAAUAAUUUAACUUGUUAUGAAAUCUUAAUGUUGUGAUAUUUUGUGCAGUAUUAAUGAUAUUUAACUGCCUAGGAAUCUGUGUUCAUACUCAGACAUGCAGUCAGAAUUGCCGCAUACAAAAAUUAAGGUAAAAGUUCGGUGAAAAUGUAAGAAAAGAAUUUAUUGUAGAUUUCAGUGGUGGGUUUUAUAUAGUACUGUUCCUCUCCAGAGAUGACUUUGUUCAUUUGACAGGGUUGAAUAAAUUGCAGUGAAAUGUUAUUGUUUCUGAAGUAGCUAAGUUUAAAAUUGGCUCGUCACAGUGCUUCGGUAGCCAUCAGAGUUAGUCUAAUGUAUAAUUUCAGUGAUGUAAUAAUCUUUUAUGUUGCUGUUUGUAGUAUUUUUAUAUUGGGCAACUCAUAUUAGUUUACUUUUGUUAAAAUGUACUCAUUAAUGAAACUCUGUAGUUAUAAUACAUGUAUAUAUUAUGGUAUAAAGAUAGGAGACAGACCUGAGGUUUCAUACAAUCCAAGAUUUUCUCUUUAUUGUAAACCAAAUUUUAUUUAAGAUAUUAAUAUUUUAUAUAUAUAUGUAUUAAGUAUUGCUCUUUUAUUUUGUUUUAAGUGAGCAUAGUUUGUAGUAUUUUACAUUCCAUUAUUUGUUUGUGAUUAGUUCAUACAUUUUUGAGACCUACUUAAAAGAGACAGUUGAAUUUUGGCCUAUCACAUCAAAUUUUUGUGGUCACAAAAACAAAGUUUGAAUUAGAAAUUUAAGUCUUAGAAUCUGUAAUAGACAUUAACAGUAAUAUACUCAGAAGUGAAAAAGGUAUUGGUGUGUGAUAAUUUUAGUCAGAAGCAAUAUGAAUUAUAGAGAAUUGCUAAGUGAUAUGAACUGUUAAAGUGGAUUAUAGUGAACUGUUAUGUUCAAGUACCUGACUACAUCAUUUCAGGUUUGUGAGUUUCUUGCAGCUUUGUAAAAAAAUGAUAUUAUAAAUCUAGGCCUUAUUGCAGCCCACUUCAAGUAGCUCUCAUGCUAUAUAGUAUUCAAGUACUUGAUAAGAUAAAUUUGCAGUUGGAUGCAGAUUGAGUCUCACUUCAGCAAACCUUUUUAUCAAUAAAGGUUACAUUUUUCAUA